AUGGCCUCGCCCGAGCCCACCUCCUCGCGCCCCAAGCGCACGCGCGCAGGUCGCGCGGUCGGCGUCUCGUACGCCGACCUCGAGAACGGCGUCGGCGGGGUCGCGUCGACGUCGGCCAACCUCGGCGCGACGAGCGACGUCGAGCGCGAGGCGCCGCCGGCGAAGAAGGCGCGCUCGCGCAAGAAGGGCGGCGGCGGCGGGUCGGGCGGCGGGGCGUCGCGCGAGGAGGAGCCGAAGAAGAAGGGCGAGGCGGGCGGCAAGGGCAAGGGCAAGGCGGUCGAGAAGGACGAGCCGGACGAGCUGGACGAGCUGGACGAGGACGAGGGCGAGCAGGACGAGGACGACCAGGCGUGGCUCGGCGUGAGCGAGAAGCAGUCGUCGUCGUCGUCGCUCCCUCUCCUUACCGCCGCUGAAAUCCAACACACCAUCACUUGCGACAUCACGCGCGUCUUCGUCGAGGGCCAGCUCGAGAACGGCGAGCGCGAGGCGCACGCGUUCGUCGAGCGCAUCCGCACGGGCUCGGGCGAGCUCGACCCCGAGGAGCGCGAGAAGCUCAUCAACGAGCUCAAGGCCGAGCUCGCCGAGGUCGAGGCCAAGCUCGAGGCCAACGUCAACGUCGACGAGCGCAAGCGCCUGCGUCGCGAGGAGCCGUCGCUGUUCGACUCGCUCGGCCAGCACAUCAAGGAGUCGCCGACAACGAGCGCCAAGGUCCACCUCGACCUCGCGAGCAACUGGUGCCCGAGCGACGCGAUCCUGGACGGCCGAGUUCCGCCCGCUCUCGAGCAAGACCUGUCGAGCGAGCGCAUCUGGAAGGCGACGGGCGUCCUCCAGAAGGAGACUGGCCUCCAGAACUACUCGCCCGUCGUCUUCCCCAAGUCGGCGAGCGGGUCCGACCCGCUCGCGACCUACUACGGCGAGGCCGGCGACGAGCUCCUCAAGCGCCGCCAGGCCCUCCAGCUCGCCCCCGCCUUCACCGAGUCGACCAUCAUCGUCAUCUCGGGCGUCGAGGCCGCCGACAAGCUCCGCAGCAACGAGCACGUCGUGCUCGAGCCCCUCAACCUCCUGUUUGUCGUCGACCGCAGGCCCGUCGAGGUCAAGGCGGCGUACGCGCGCCUCGCCUCGCAGAAGCUCGGCGAGGGCACCAUCGUCAUCUUCAUGGCGCAGCCCGCCGCGUUCAGCGGUCACGGCGGCGCCUCGUACGAGAUGGCGCGGCGCGCCGACGCGUCGCUCUCGUGCAUCUUCGCGCUCGCGCCCGCCGCCCUCGAGCGCCCUCCUCGGCUCGACUGGUACGUCGCGACGUACUGGAGCGACGGCGGGCCCGAGGUGCCGCAGCGCGCCGAGAUUGCCGCGAAGAUCCAGGCGCUCGCGGCGUACGAGGAAAAGGUCGGCCGCCAGCUCUCGCCGCGCGAGAUGCUCCAGUUCUCGCCGAGCGGCGUCUACUACUUCGAGCGCUACUCGAAGAACCACGCCGAGGAGAUGCGCCAGAUGGUCGGCACCGACACGGUGAUCCGCCGCCUCGUCGCACCCGACCUGCUCAACUCGCCCAUCCAGCUCGCAAAGCAGGUGCUCUCGGCUCGCGCCGCGACGGGCCGAGCCGAGCUCGGCGAGAUCCGCAGCAAGAAGGAGGACGAGCGCUCCGAGGAGGAGCAGGCGCGCCUCGACGACGCCGACAAGGUCAUCCUCGCCCGCAAAAGCGCCGACGCCAAGUGGCAGCAGCGCAACCCGGCCGGCUACGAGGAGAACCGCCAGCACAAGCGCGAGAAGGCCGCCGAGCGCCGUCGGCGCAUCAAGGCGAGCGGGUUCUUCACGUGCGGCGAGUGCGACAAGACGUGCGCCUCCUCGUCCGACCUGAAGAAGCACAUGCGGGUGCACACGGGCGAGCGGCCGUUCGAGUGCGGCGAGUGCGACAAGACGUGCAGCUCCUCGUCCGACCUCAAGAAGCACAUGCGGGUGCACACGGGCAAGGAGCCGUUCAAGUGCGGCGAGUGCGACCAGACGUGCGGCUCCUCGUCCGAGCUCAAGAAGCACAUGCGGGUGCACACGGGCGACAAGCCGUUCGUGUGCACCUUCGCCGGCUGCAACGAGUCUUUCGCCCGGUCGUCCGACUUCAAGGCCCACGAGCGCAUCCACACGGGCGAGCGGCCGUUCAAGUGCACGUUCGCCGGCUGCAACGAGUCGUUCGUCCGGUCGACCACCCGCACCAGCCAUGAGCGCACCCACACGGGCGAGCGGCCGUACAAGUGCUCGACGUGCGACCAGUCGUUCGCCCAGGCGUCCACCCGCAACAAGCACCAACUCAGCCACACGGGCGAGAAGCCCCACGCUUGCGGCGAGUGCGGCCAGUCGUUCACCCUCUCCCACCACCUCAAGAGGCACCGCGCGAGCAAGCAUGGCGGCAAGUAG